CUCUCGCCACUUUGCAGGUAUCUUUACGAAGUUAAAUGCAAUAUUUUCACUUAUAAUCGUGUUUUAAGGUAAGAAUUAAUUAAUUAACUUAAUAUAUUAUCUGAUAAAAUAUUCUCCUAUUGUAUUAUAAUAUGAAUAAUACUUAAAUUGGUGAUCGGAAAUUUCAUUCCUGGAGGGAAUUGUGUUUUAAACUAUUGGGCAUAAUCAUAAAUUUGCUAGGUAAACUCAUAAGUAAUAAAAGAAUAAACUGUAGAUUUGUUGAAAGAAUAUGUCAAUUGUUAUAUUAUUUAUUAAAAGAAUGUGUCUGCAACUAGUUUAUUAAAUCGGUUAAACAGGGAUAUAAGGUUUACUUAUCAAUGGCUAAUAAGUUUUCUGUAAUGGUUACUCAAUAGUCCUUCAUAAAAAGGUCAUUGUUAGAGUUAUAAUUUAUAUCCAGAUGACAUGAAUGACAACUUAAAUUAGAUUUAUAACUACCUGACCACAAUGCACCUUACACUAUACGCAGUGUAAUUUUUCAUCGACUGUUGAUAUAUUCUCACAUCUUUGUUUCGUUUGAAUGAUUUCCCUCUCAUUAUUGUUAGUGAAUAAAGAAAAGUAACGGGGUCAAGGAGACGAUAGGGUGACCUUGAAUGACAACUUUAGCCAAUAAGAACUUUUAAAACUUCAAUAUUGCAUGAAAUAAUCGAGUAUCGAUGAUCCUGUAGAGUUGAAACUUCUUAAGAAGAACACAACCUAAUUAUAAGUUAAAGAUGAGUAUAGAGAUUCUUAUUAAGCUUGAUUAGAAGAAAGCGUGUUAAAGAUGAAUUCAUUUUGCAUUAAAAUGUUCUAAUUCUAACCUAAAAUUACGAAAUUCGAAAUAUAAAAUGACAAGCCAGGAGAGAGUUCGGCAAAAUCGAUCAAACCGGAUACACGACCUUGACUUUUUAAUUCUUAUUCUUAAUAUGUAAACAACUAUUACAAAAAUGGGAUGCAUCUCGAUUGGAAGCAUCUUAAAAAGUAAAUUUCGAAGCUUGGGAUUUAUCAUAGGAAGACAUCCUCUUCCCUUCCUGAUCGUACCAUUCUUCUUAAGUUUGAUAUUAAUGACAGGAUUUUUGAAGUUUACCUACGAACAGGAUGCGGAUUAUUUAUAUAAUCCAACAAACAGUCGAGCCUUUGAGGAUAGAGAAAUUAUCGACAAAAUAUUCCCCUUGAAUAAAUCCAACGAUUUCGAUCCUGGAAGGCUGACGAAUUUAGGGAAAUUCGCAUGGAUCUUGGUUUAUCCUAAAGAUGGAGGAUCGGUAUUGAGAGAAUCCAUAUUGAAUUCGUUAAAAACCAUUGAUAACGUGGUAAACAACGUAAGCAUCGACUGGAAAGGUGAAAAGUUGUUCUACAAAGAUCUAUGCGCUAAAAAUAAUGGGAAAUGCUACGGAAAUGAGGUAUUUUCUUUGAUGAAAAGGAUAAAAGACAUAGAAAAGAGACGAUCCUUUGUGAAAUUUCCUAUAGCGUUUAACGAGGACACUUACACCUUCAAAUUCUUUGCUGGCAAUCUGGCAGGUGUUAAGGUCGACGAUUUAGGAUUUGCCGUAUCGGCUAAGCUUUGCAGAUUAAUGUACUACUUGAACGACAACGGUGAAGAAAAUUUAAAGAAAGCCACUGAUUGGGAAACUGCAUUUCUGCAAAGUAUAUCCAAUAGGAAAUUUCCCGAAGUCACCUUUUACUAUUUCGUUUCUUCCUCCGUCGAAAGAGAAAUAAACAGCAUGAUGAUCGAAGUCAUUCCGUAUUACGUCAUUCUAUUAUUCGUCAUGCUGAUAUUUUGCAUACUUACAACGUUAACUAACGACUGGUUGAGGAGUAAACCGUGGUUAGGAGUAGCCAGUGUAAUAUCUGUGGGGUUGGCCAUUUUCAGUUCCGUUGGCGUGACUUUCUAUAUUGGUAUCCCUUUUAUAGAUUUAGCCAUGGCUAUACCGUUCUUGCUGCUUGGUAUCGGUUUAGAUGAUACUUUUGUAGUGCUGGCAGCCUGGAAGAGAACAAAUCCUAAUAAGAAAACGGAGGAACGGUUGGCAAUUACUCUAUCGGACGUUGCAGUGUCCAUCACAAUUACUUCACUUACGAAUUUCUUAUCGUUUACGCUUGGAUUUAUGACGCCAUUUCCGUCUGUAAAGAUUUUUUGUAGUUUCGCAGCGGCCGGAAUUCUCUUCACUUAUAUAUACCAGGUGACGUUUUUUAGUGCUACUCUCGCAAUUUCUGGAAUCGCCGAAGAGAGAAAUUUCCAUUCUCUCUUUUGUGUUCGCUUAAGACCGCCAAAUAAGGAUAGCAUCGUUCAAAGGCUUUUAUGCUGCACUUCUGACGAAAAUGAUUAUCAAAAUGAUAAAAUAAUGACCUUCUUCCGAGAUGUUCUCAGCUAUUAUUUAACAUUGCUUUGGUUUCGCGCAUUAAUACUUCUCACUUACGUUGGAUAUUUAUCAUUUGCCAUUUGGGGAUGUUUCCAUUUAAAAGAAGGAACCGAAUUGAAUGAGUUUCCACCUUACAAGUCUUACGCAUCUUCGUUUCUCUAUAAUUUCUUUCACGAUUUCACACAGUAUCGUGAUAGAAUACAAGUAGUCAUACCCACGACCAUGAACUACGCUGAUCCUCUUGUUAGAAAAGAAGUGGAAGAAGUUCUAGAAAAGCUCGAAAAGUCUACACACAUCGCUAACAAAGAUCUGACGGAAUCUUGGUUGAGAUAUUACAAAAAAUUUCAAGAAGAUAACAGAGCUUCCAUUUAUUUUUAUAGAUACAACAUGAGCAAAAAAGAAGAUUACCUGAAUGCAUUGAGAAACAUCUUCCUUCGCUACCCUCCCGCUGAAAGAUUUAAGAACGAUAUUAUUUUUAAUGAAAAUUACACGGAGAUUUUGGCUUCGCGAUUCUUGAUUCAAACGGAUAUUACGGGUGAUUUUAACGAAGCCAAAUUCAUGUUAGUAGAAUUGAGGGAGAUAAUAGAUAACGCCUCAUUCCCCAUACUCUUGAGCCAAUUCUUCUUCCCCUUUUACGACCAGUUUCUCACAAUAGGUAGCAUUACUAAACAAACCUUACUGAUCUGUGGUUGCACCAUGUUGUUUCUCAUCACCAUCUUCAUACCAGACGUACGAUGCUUCAUCGCAGCCGUCAUCAACAUGAUUUCCAUAGAAAUUGGCGUCAUCGGGUAUAUGUCGCUGUGGUCCGUAAACUUGGACACCAUUUCCAUGAUGAUCUUAAUUAUGUGUGUGGGUUUUUCCGUGGAUUACGUAGCCCACAUGGCAUCAUCUUACCUAGAAUCUGAAGAAAAAUGCAAUUUGGAACGACUAAAAAAUGCUCUCCAUGCUGUGGGUACACCUAUUAUUCAAGGUAGCGUCACCACUAUUUUGGGUGUUGUUGUUAUUCUAGCAUGCCCUAGUUACAUAUUUUUAUGCUUUGUGAAAAUAGUUUUCCUCUUGAUAACUAUUGCGGCAUAUCACAGUAUACUUUUGUUGCCACUUUUGUUUGUAUUUUUAGACAACGUUUUGCCGAAUUUAUUAAUAACAUUUGGGAGAAAAAGAAAGACAAAUCACGCAGUCAAAAGAAGUAAAGAUGCGCAAGAACAGACGAAAUUCAUUGUAGUGCCCAAUUGUGAUAGUACUUAAUAUAAGCUUUAUUUUGUACAAUAUUUCUCCUCCCCUUUGAAUGAAAAUUGAGUUGUGGGGACUAGAGGACAUUAACAAACAACUCGAGAAGACAUUCAAGAGAUAUAAGAGAAAACAAAGCAUUACCUUCAUGUAAAGAGAAGGAAGUACAGUACAUAAAAAAAUCUUCGAUUAUACGGGUUAUAUUUGUUAAAGAAGAUGAAUACUACGGGUUUUCAUUUUUCAUGUUUGUUUAUACAAAUGUAUAUCGUACGUCUAAGUGUGUUAUUUUCUUAUACAAAAGACCGAAAAUAAUUUAUUUUUAUGAGUGAAACCGAAAAAUAUCUAACAUAUCAUAAUUAAUGUAAUUAGUAAUUAUUCGGAACCUCCAUAUCUAAUAUCUUCUUUCAUCUAUCUAACUCCGUUUUCGAAAUUAAGGAGUGACAGACAAACAGACAGACGACAGUGGAAAUUUAUAGGUUUAAGUAAUAAUGCGAUAGAAAAGGUUCUUCUGUCAUUAAGACGUUUAAUUCCGGAAUUAAAUAUAAGUUUAGUUUCAAAUUGCAGACUUAUAAAUUUCCACUGCCGUCCCUCCAUCCGUCCAUCUCUUUGUCUUUCGUUAAUCUCGAGAAUGGAGUUAGGUAGACGAAAUCCGAGACAAGAUAUGGAAACCUUAGGGGCAGGAGACCCCCAGUUAAUUAUAUUCGAACUUCCGACGCAAAUCGGAAGUCACGUUAUCUCAAUUGAAAAAUUUUCUGGAAGGAAUUAGAUAGAUGACCGGGAAGACUUUAUUGUAAGAAAAAGUAUGAAGUACGGGGCAAGCCACUACUAAUUUGCGGUGGAAAACAUAUGUUUUAAAUGAAAUAAAUUAAAAAUAUAAUUAAAAAUUGCAGCCGGGCAUUGUGACCAUGUCACUAUAAAUAAUCGCUCGUUUAACUACAGUUGUUUAUUGCUGUAUGUCUUUCUGUCUGUUCAAAGUGUCAUGUUUAUUAGAUAAGUAAUUUCUUUAUUGUCGAUUUGUUUUCAUAAUGAAUUUGACACAUGUAAUCAAAUACGUCGUUUAUCUUUCUAACAACAAUAUUCGUGCAACACAUAAGUUUAUACAUAAGCGUGAUUAAACGCUUGAUACACGUGAAAUCUCUUCGAUAUGUUAUACGGUAAAGAUCGAUAUACAGUAAAA